GCUGCGGGUUCGGUGCGUGGCUACUCUGCCGUUCGCCACGAGGGUUGUGUGUGGGGAGUCCCGAGGAGGAGGAGGAGGAAGGGGGGAGCCGGUGAUGGGAGGAGGAGAUGCGCCAGCCCUGCUGCUUCCCAUGAGGGACCGUGUCCAUAGUGGAAAGGGGGGAAACUGAGGCACGGCGCUGCCCUGGCACCGGUGGGGUCCGGCAUGAGGGUCGGGUGGGUGCUCCUCGGUGUGGGCAUCCCCGUGUGUGCUCCACGUCCUGCCCGCGGCUGGGGGAGCCGGGUGCUGCCUGGCAGGUUCCCUUGGUGCUGUUGGCCAGGGCACCCUGGGGACCCCCCUGGUGCUGGGGUGCCGGGGGUCUGGGGCGCAGCACGGGAAUGCUUGGUUUUGAUUACAGCUCUCCUGUGAUCCUGCUCUGACUUGUAGGAUCCCCAACUCUGCCAGCUUAAUCUGCAGGCUGCUUCCAGCCAGACUUGACAGAGGAGUCUGAAGGGCUCCAAGCUCCUUCUUGCCUAAAAGCAAUGAACCUGCUCUAAAAAGAAUUUAAAUAGAAUAAAUCGCAUAAUGCAUACCUUCCCAAGGAGGGGAAAAGCCUGGGAUAGAUGAACCCUUGGAGAGCCCUGGGAGCUGCAGAGCAUGUCCCCAUGCAGGGGAAAAGCUGUUCCUCCUUGUACUGCAUGGGCUGGGUGUCUCCUGCCCUGUGGCACGGGCUGGAUGCAUCCCUGCCUCUGUCUUGGGGCAGAGCAGGAAACACCCGGAGCUCCCUCCCUGCUCCAAGGGGGAAGCUGAGGCACGCAGUGGGCCAGCUUACCCUGGGAGGCAGCAGGCGCCCAGGGUGGCUCAUGGCUUUGCCCCAUGGUGGGAAUGGCAGGGUGGGAGGUCGGGGGUCCCAGCAGAGCUUGAUGUAGGGCUCAGGGUCUGUGUGGGUGUCUGAUCUGCUCCAGCGCAAGGUCCAUCUGUGCCAUUCCUCAGGUGCGAGGGGCUUCCAGGGCUCCGCAGCCUCCCGCGGGGAGCAAAUAACCUUUUGAAGCUGUUUUUAUUUCCUUCUUAAGCUGAUUAUUCUGUUCCUCUUCCAAAUUGGAAACAGAAACAGAUUUCUCAUGAAACAAAUUCUGCCACCGCCUUCUCCCUGGGGGGCAGAGAAAGAAAACUUCAAUUAAAGCUAUUGGAAGCCUCUGAAAUGAAAACCGGGGUGAACUGAAGCUGCUUGUGCUGAGCUGGCUGUAGCUCUGACUGUUGGGUGUUGGCUGGGGGAGAGGGGGAUAGGGGAAGGUGUUGUGCUGUGGGUGCAGCGCAUCCCCAGCUCUCCCUCUCGCUUAGAGCCACUCUUUUCCUUUUGCUUCGGCUUCCAGCUUGUGUAAGAGGGGAAGGAGCAUUUUGCUGUUGUGUGGACUGGGAGCACUGCAGCACAGCCCAGUGCCCUUCUAGCUGCCUGCUGUCCCUCCCAAGGACACCCCCCAAUUGAGGGAUGACUCCUAUAGGACCCUCACCCUGGGGUAAAGGGGUCCCGGUGAUGGACGAGGCAUGGAAGGGUGCUGCUCCCUGGGGAGGUGAAGCCGGGGAAGAGAUAGGGCCUGGAGCCCGUGUAACCUGAGGCACCAGGAGGCUGGGGAGAAGGGGAAGCCUCGCCUGGAACAAUACAAGGAGCUCACUGACUUUCCCAAUGUUAUUCUGAGCUAGGAAAAUAUUAUUGCUGGGCAAGAAUAGAAGGAGACGACAGAGGUUUCCCGGAGAUAUGGGAGGACCGGAGACACUGGGAGGGCACAGGGAGGAAGGUGCCCUCCCCCGGGGGAAGGGGUGGAGGGGCCCCUGGUGCCAGCUCCGCUUGCAGGCACAGGGAUCUGUCCAGUGAGCUGCUGUGGCUGUGUUCCUCUGUGCCACCAGCAUCAUCAGUUGGGUCACUGGGAUGUCCUGGAGUGACUUGGUGCGAUGGGAGCUGUGUGAUGGGGUGGAAGUGGCUGUUGUCCCACAGGGCCUGUUUCUCUUGCAGGUCCCAGCAGAAGCAUUUCCCACCAGAUGGGGCGUUGCAUUGAUGGCCACCUCCUCACUGGAGACCUUUUGGGCACCAACCGCUCCAUCCUCUUCUUUGGCCAUCGAGGCUUCCUGGGCUUCCGCUCCCUCUACCUGGAUGAGUACCGUGACCGGCUCUUCAUUGGGGGGAAGGAUGUGCUCUACUCCCUGCGCCUGGACAGGGCCAAUGCAGACCCUAAGGAGAUCUACUGGCCACCGCUGCCUGGGCAGACAGAGGAAUGCUUUCGGAAGGGGAAGGACCCAGGGACUGACUGCGCCAACUACAUCCGUGUGCUGCACCCCUACAACCGGACACACUUGUUGGCCUGUGGCACAGGUGCCUUCCACCCCGUCUGCGCCUUCGUCUACGUGGGGCACCGUGGCGAGCACACCUUCACCAUGGACCCCAGCAGUGUGGAGCCCGGCCGGGGCAGGUGCCCGCAUGAACCCAGUGGUGCCUUCGCCAGCACCCUCAUUGGUGGGGAGCUGUACACUGGCCUCACCGCAGAUUUCCUGGGCCAUGAUCCUGGCAUCUUCCGCAGCAUGGGCACCCGCUCUGCCUUGCGGACUGAGGUGGACCAGCGCUUACUCAAUGAUCCCAAAUUUGUGGCAGCCCACAUGAUCCCAGACAAUGAUGAUGGGGACAACGACAAAGCCUAUUUCUUCUUCACGGAGAAGGUGGUGGAGGCAGACAGCAAGGAGCACACCAUCGUCAGCCGGGUGAUGCGGGUCUGCGUGAACGAUGCUGGUGGCCAGAGGGUGCUGGUCAACAAGUGGAGCACCUUCAACAAAGCCCGUUUGGUGUGCUCUGUCCCUGGCCCAGAUGGCAUAGACACCUACUUCGAUGAGCUGGAGGAUGUCUUCUUGCUGAGGAUGAAGGAUGGGAAGAGCCCGGAGAUCUAUGCCCUCUUCAGCACCACCAGCCACGUCUUCCAGGGCUCUGCUGUCUGUGUCUACCGCAUGGCUGACAUCAGGGAGGUCUUCAACGGGCCCUUCGCCCACCGAGAGAGCCCCCACCACCAGUGGGGUGCCUACGAGGGCAGGGUGCCCUACCCACGGCCAGGCGUGUGUCCCAGUAAGACAACCAACCAGCCCCGGCGCCAGUACAGCACAACCAAGGACUUCCCCGACGAGGUGCUCCACUUCACCCGCGCGCACCCCCUCAUGUACAAGCCUGUGUACCCCCGACACCGCCGGCCUCUCCUGGUGAAGACCGACCUGCCCCAUCGCCUGCGCCAGCUUGUGGUGGACCGGGUGGAGGCUGAGGAUGGGCAGCAUGAUGUCUUCUUCCUUGGGACAGAUGCUGGCUCGGUGCUGAAGGUGGUGGUCCUGCAGCAGACAGGCGCAUACACACCUGAGGACAUCGUCCUUGAGGAGCUGCAGGUUUUUAAGGUGCCUGUGCCCAUCACCCAGAUGGAGAUCUCUGUCAAGCGCCAAGUGCUCUACGUGGGUUCCAGCCUGGGGGUGGCCCAGGUACAGCUGCACCAGUGCGAGACCUACGGCACAGCCUGUGCCGAGUGCUGCCUGGCCAGGGAUCCCUACUGCUCCUGGGAUGGCAGCGCCUGCACCCGGUACCAGCCCUCCGGCAAGCACCGCUAUCGCCGCCAUGGCACUCGCCACAAUAACCCUGCGCACCAGUGUCUGGACCAGAACCUGACCGUGGAUGAUUUUGAGAGCAUUGAGGAGAAGGUGCUUUAUGGGGCAGAGAACAACAGCACCUUCCUGGAGUGUGUGCCCCGGUCCCCGCAGGCCAGCGUGCAGUGGUUCGUCCAGAGGCCCCCCGACGAGCAGCGGGAUGAGGUGAAGACAGACGAUCGGAUCCUGCAGACCGAGCAAGGGCUGCUCUUCCGCAGGCUGCACCGGCACGACGCUGGCAUCUACUACUGCAAGACACUGGAGCACGGCUUCACCCAGACCAUGGCCAAGACAGCUCUGGAGGUGAUAGCGAGUGAGCAGCUGGCACACACCUUCCCCCGGGGGCGCGGGGAUGAACCCCCACCCCUGCCGUGUCCCAAGCCACAGGCUCCCAAAGCCUGGUUCAAGGACAUCAUGCACCUCAUCAGCUCCCACAACCUGCGGCGGGUGGAGGAGUACUGCACCCGCUUCUGGUGCGGCAGCCGUCCCUACCACCGCAAGAGCAAGCUGGGCCAGGACAAGCAUGCCCUGGCUGGGGUGGACACGGGCAAGAAGGGCCGGAUGGCCAAACCCCAUGGUGAGAGGAGCCGUGUGCCCCGACAAGCAGUGGCCACUUAGAGAAGGCAGGGUAAUGGAUGUGGGGUGGCUGUGGGUGAGGACCAGCUCCCUGUGCUGUGGGCGGCCCCGGGGGGCUCCUGCCCUGGUGGGAUUCCUGGCUACAGUGGAUGGGGUGGCAGGGCCAGCUCCUCGGCAGGACCCUGUCCCCUCAGUGGCUGCAGAGCCAGCUGAAAGGGGUGGCAUGAUGGGAUGUAUUGGCCAAUCUCCUGCUCUUCCUGGGUGCUGUGGCUGAUGUGGGGCUGUGGACACUAUGGCGGGUUGGGACUCAGGGCAUGCGGUGCCACCACAGUCCCUGUGUCACCCAGGGAGCUUGCUGGUUGGCUUUCUCUGCAAAUAAAGGGCCCGAAUGUGGCACUGCAGGGAGCAACUGAUGGCUCCAGGCUCUUUCCAUGCCAGCUCUGGGCCUGGGACAGAUGAUGCCUGCUCCUACAGCGGCAGGAAAACUGAGCAUCACCCCAGAAAGCCUCCGUGCCCAGGAUGAGCCCUGUCCUCUGCUGCACAUGGUUUGCCAAAGCUGUGGUGAGGUGUAUCCUGUGGACGGGGCACCUUCCAGCCUUCCCAGCAGCACCAGGACACAGUCAGCUGUGGCUGGGUACAGCUUCCCCUUCCCCUCUGUUCCCCUUUCAGCCACAGACCGUUUAAGCCUGGGCAGGGCCAGAGAGAAAAGCAAACGGCUGCAGGCAGGUUGAGCCCGUUCCUGGGUAAACACGAGAAGCACCAAUGCCACCAUUGUCGCUGUGCCCAGGUGGCAGCAGGGACGUGCAGAAGAAGGUGGCCCCAGCACAGUUUGGGGGGCUGCAUCCCAGUCCAGGUGUGUUUCUGGUGGUUGGUGGUCCUGGAUGGGACUAAGCUGGUUUGGGUGGGCUGAUGGAGCUAAACCAGCACCCAGGGCCUCCCCCAGAUGCAGGGUUGGGGGGUGGGUGUGUGGAGAGCACCCGCAAGCUGCAGGCACCAUCCAGGCUGCAGGCAAGGUGCUCGCCUGCUUUCCUCACCCGACGUGAGCUCACUCCUCACCGGUCAGCCUGCGGUGAUAAAGAUCUCCCCCUUCCUGAGGCAAGGCAGCCCCACACAAUGGUGUGAACCGCAGCCCUGCCGGCACGGGCAUUGUUCGCAGGCAGAGGAACGGGAAAGAAAAGUAAUAAUAAUAAU